AUGGGAAUAUUAGUGCAGUCACCAAGUGAAUAUACUGAGACAUUUUCCAACAGAUACAGAGCCCCUGCCGAGUUUGUGCAGCCCCCUCAGUCCAUUGCUCGCCCGGUGGGCACCAAUGCCAUCUUCACUUGCUUGGCCCAGGGUGAGCCGGUCCCACAGAUCACCUGGCUGAAAAAUGGACAAAUCUUAGAGCCCGAUGGCCAUGUCAAACUCAGGAACAACAACAGUACUCUGACCAUCUCUGGAGUAACCCAGGAUGAUGAGGCCAUAUAUCAGUGCAUUGCAGAGAACAGUGCUGGCUCCACACAGUCCAGUGCCCGUCUGACCGUGCUGUGGGCUGACGGCUUGCCGGGUGUGCCCACAGGGGUACGUGCAGAAGUCCUUUCUCCAACCUCCAUUCAGGUGUCCUGGAACGAGCCCACCCAAAACACUCAGGACAUAAUUGGAUAUGUGCUGCAUAUCCGCAAGACUGCUGACCCAGUGGAGAUGGAGUACCAGGAGGCUGUGAGUAAAAUGACCCUGCAGCAGGUAAUCGGAGAUCUGGAGCCUUCCACCCGCUACAGCUUCUAUGUGAAGGCUUACACAUCCCGCGGAGCCAGCAAGGCCUCUGAGACGGCUGUGGAGAGCACUCUGGGAGAAGUCCCUGCACCACCAGCCUUGUUCACGAAGGUGAUUAAUUCGACAGUGGUGCAGGCCACAUGGGAGCCUUCCACUAAGAUGGGCCAGCAGGAAGGAUUCAAUCUCUACUACCGUAAGGUUCCCGUCCCCAUCUUCACAGGACCCCUUACCUUCCCACGUAAUGUGACCCAGUACAACAUCACUCAGCUGGAUGCCUCUUUUGUGUAUGAAAUUAAGAUUCUGGCUUUUAACCAGCAUGGAGAGGGCAAUGCCACUCUGCGCUUUGUGUCACUCAAGGAGGCAGUGGAGAAAUCAGUGCUAAAUACCCCUUGCGACUGUGUAAAAGAUGAACAGAAUAAAAGCUCCACCACAGGCAUCAUCAUUGGCAUCCAUAUUGGAGUCACUUGCGUCAUUUUCUGUGUCCUUUUCCUCAUGUUCAGCUACAGGGGAAGGUUGAUGAUGUGUAAAACCGUGCAGGCCACCCGACAGGCGGGCCGUAAUCUAGCAGCUGGAGUCGUGCUCGAAUCCUCCUCUUCCUCACAGGGGGCUCUGGGCCUCACCGGCCCCCACAGGUUCAGCUCAGACAGAAAUGGAGAAACCCACACUGCAAAGAGCUGCACUGACUCUAAUGAGAUGGAGAGACUCUUCUCAGGACCAUCCCACUUCUCCCAUCCACCUGACACCACCCACAUAAAUGCGAGCUCUUCGGUCUCUUGUCCAUUGAAUGAAACCCAGAUGUCCACACUUCCCCUUGAUGACUUCAGCCUGAUGGAGGAGUGUGAGGUGCAGUUCCGGCAGCAUCCAGCAGAGGGCUAACAGGAUGAAGACUGAUGAAGAAAUGAAGGCCAAGAAUAUCCACUACUCAGACUCCUGUCAAACUCAGGUCAACUGAAGUAUUCAUCUUUUUCAGUUCUGUUUUUAUCGUGCAAAGAAUAUAUUAUUCGUAAGUUAAUUUCCCUUUGUGGGAAUCACUGGACUGUAAUGCCGAGGGUCCCUCUGGCCUCAUGGUAGGUGAGGUUCUGUGAUGGACAUCUAUUAUUUCUCAUUGGUAGGUGAACAAAUACACUCUUGCAGUUACAGCUGGCAGCACACAUUGAAAGUCUCCAGUCACUAGUAUCUAUAAUUGAUUUUAUUUGGCUUCUUCUGCACAACAGAGAAGUAUAUUUCCUACUAAAACAUAUUAGCUCUAUUUUUCAACUUGCUGUCUCCUCUUAACCUACCAAUGAUUUCACAAGCCCAUCCAUCAGAGACCAAGACCUUCUUCCAGGGAUUUCAAAUUAUUCUCAGGACUUUUUUGUUCACUGAUAUCAAUGUUUUUUUAGUAGGUCUCAGCCUUCAUAAAGACUUUAGACUCAGCUAUGUGAACCUUAGAAUUUGCAACAAAAAACCUACCUCAGCAGGAAUGAAUGUCUUGUAGGAAGUCUUUGAGAUCUGCAUCUUGCUGUCUGUUCUGUUUUUAUACUCAUCAAUCGUUCAGUCAAAAGAGAAAAAGGUGCUUCUCUACCUCAGAUUUCAAGGACUGCCGCUCCCCUGCUCGCUGAAGCAAAACAAAAAAAAUAUCCAACAUAUAGCACUUCCAAAUGUUGAAGUCAAUGUUCUACCUCAAAAUAACGAUGUUGUUAUUGUCGUUGUGGUUCUUAUCUCAUAUUGAAACAUAGCCUCUGUUUGUGAGAUCCUGGCUUCACUAUGUCAAUGAAUUGCUGUGUUUUGAUAUGUCAGUACCUCAUGCCAGUUGACAGAUGACAUUGUUCUAUGAAUUCUGCUUGUAAAGAUGUUUUGAUUGUGUCCUUGUAUUCAUGUAGAAUUUUUUUGGUUUUAUGUUUCCUGAUCAGAGUAUUGGAGUAU